AUGGACACCCGGCCCGCCUCCGAGUACGCACAGUCAGGUUCGCACCACCCAGCACCAUCGCCUGUCGACACACCUUCUGAACAACCCGCCGCAGACCAGACCUCUGCUGCUGCCACUGCUCACUACACGCACACCCCGCAGCCUGAGGUGCGUCCGACUCAACAGUACACGCCGCAGCCCGAAGUGCGACCCGCCACCAUUUCGUCGUCCAACACCCCCCAGUCGGACUACGGCCUCAACCCGCCGCCGACUCGCUCGCCCGCCUACCAGGACUACCUUCCGCGCCCCCAGCCGUACGCUCCGAACACCCAGCCCGGUGGUGCGCCCGGCAUGGCUCAAGCUACCAAUCCUUCGCUCCCGGCCAACAGCCCAACCUAUCCUCCUCCCUACUCUCCUUACCAGCCGCAGGGACACGAGAUGGCCCAGUACCAGGGUCAUCCGCCCCCGCCACAGCACAUGUACUCGCGGCCCGACUGGCCGCAUGGCUAUGGCCAGCAGCAUCACAUGCCGGGGCCCUAUGCCUCGCCGGCUACUACGGUUGGUUCCGCCUCCCCUGCUGCGACCGCAGGGCCGCGCCCUGGUCAGGUCUACUCUUUCGUCCCGAUUCCCGGCGCGCAGCAGCACAAGCGCCCUCGCCGCCGAUAUGAGGAAAUUGAGCGCAUGUACAAGUGUGGGUGGAACGGCUGUGAGAAGGCAUAUGGUACUCUGAACCAUUUGAACGCCCACGUCACAAUGCAGUCGCAUGGCGCAAAGCGCACGCCUGAAGAGUUCAAGGAGAUCCGCAAGGAAUGGAAGGCUCGCAAGAAGGAGGAAGAGGCUCAGCGCAAGGCUGCCGAGGAGCGUGAGCGCGCUGCUGCCCAAGCUGCCCAGGCUAACCAGGUCGAGGCUUCCGGUCCCUCCGACCCCUCUCAAGGACAGCCUCCGGCCUACGGUGGUGGUGUGCGUCCCCAGCUGCCUCCCAUCGGAUACCAGCCCGCCGACAGCCAGGUGCCCAGUCAGUACGGUGCUCCCGGUGGCGGCAUGGUCUACCAGAGCAACGGACAGAUGGGCUACCCUCCCAACUACCCUCACUCCCCAUACCAGAGCGGACCCGUCUACCAGCAACGUGAGUAA